AUGGGUUCGGCUUCUAAGCCAUCUCCGACGGCGGCCGCGCCUAGCCGGCGUAAGGUAGCGCUCUGCCUGACGCUCCUCACCCUGCAGUACGGCGCCCAGCCCCUAAUCUCCAAGCGCUGCAUCCGGCAAGGAGUCAUAGUGACUUCAUUAGUUCUUGCAAUUGAAUUCUUAAAGGUUAUAUGCGCGGUCAUUUUAUUGGUGGCAGAGGGUAGUCUGAAGGCGCAAUUCAGUAAUUGGAGUCUUGUUGGAUCACUGACUGCAUCAGGACUUCCUGCUGCCAUCUAUGCACUUCAGAAUAGCCUGUUGCAGAUAUCAUACAAGAAUUUGGAUUCCCUGACCUUUUCAAUCCUUAACCAGACCAAGCUAUUAUUCACAGCAUUCUUCACAUAUCUUAUUUUGGGGCAAAAACAAUCACCCAAACAAAUUUUAGCAUUAGCCCUCUUAAUCACUGCGGCUGUCCUUUUAAGCAUUGGGGAGAGUAGCAGGAAAGGUGCAAGUGGUGGUAGCUCUGAUUAUGUCUUACUCUAUGGAAUCCUUCCUGUUACUGUUGCAUCUGUGUUGUCUGGUUUGGCCUCUUCGUUAUGUCAGUGGGCAUCUCAGGUUAAAAAGCAUACAUCUUACAUGAUGACUAUCGAGAUGUCAUUUAUUGGGAGUAUGUGCUUGUUGGCAAGUACCUUUCAGUCACCAGACGGAGAAGCCCUGAGAAUAUAUGGUUUUUUCCAUGAAUGGACUUUAUGGACAGUGAUACCAGUGUUAAUGAAUGCUGUCGAUGGGAUUCUUGUUGGUCUUGUCACAUCAUAUGCAGGAGGUAUUAAAAAGGGUUUUGUGAUUGUCUCGGCUCUCCUCGUAACUGCAUUACUCCAGUUUAUAUUUGAUGGGAAGCCGCCAUCACUGCAUUGCCUGGUGGCACUGCCACUUGUUAUGACAAGCAUAUUCAUUUACCAGAAGUAUCCGUACGUUGACAGUAAGAAGAAAGACAGAUAA